AUCAUAUUUCAUGUCUCCUUUCUAAACUUUGUAUAGUUAAAGUUUUUUUAAAUUAAUGGUUGACGUCUUUGCCAUUUAUUUGAGGAACAUUUUAAAAUGUCCGGUCUGAUUCGCCUUCGUGCUCUACAAGGCUUAACAAAAAAUGUGAGUCUAUUGACGAAAAAGCAAAAUUUUUAUCGUAAAAUUGGUACGUCAUCGAAAAAAAAUGUUACCGAAGUGGCAAGUGAGAAUUCCGAACUUUAUCCAGCUCAUAAAAAUUGGGUGAGCUGGGGAUACAGUACAACUGAUAAAAGAAUUGAUCGUCAUGCAAUGCAUUCAAUAUUUUUUUUCACCGUAACAAUUUGCCUUGUUUUUGGUAGUUAUUAUGUAAUGUUUCUACCAAAUAAAAACAUGUUAGAUUGGGCUCAACGUGAAGCUUAUUUGGAAUUACGACGAAGGGAAAAACUUGGUCUUCCACCAAUUGAUGAAGAUUAUUUUGAUCUUUCAGAAUUUCAUCUACCAACUGAUGAAGAACUAGGUGAUACUGAAGUUAUUAUUUAAUUCUUUUCUAACAUUGAUGCAUCUUCUAAAUGUGGUAGUAUUUCAAAUAAAAACUUCACGUACUGCUAAUGUUUUUAUAUAAAAAAAAAAAUAAAAAAUUGUAGUUUAAUUCUCAAUUUAUUAAUUUAUAAAUAUUUUUGUUCAAAAGUGAAUGAAAUAUUUAAAAAAAAAAUACAAUUACAUCUCAAUUCAUUGUAAAUAGUGUUAAGAAAAAUAUAAAUUUACUGUAUAGAUAUUUCUUUUUUUUUUUUAAUGUUAAAAAAAUCUCGAUUAGUUGAAUUAAAAAUAUAAAAACAAUGUAAAAUAUGCA